AUUCGAAGGGAGGAAAAAAGCCUAGGUAGAAAUGCACAUCAAAAUGUUAACAUUCAUUCUUCCUUUUAUUCACCGGGUAUUACCUACUUCGUGCCAGGACCUGCGCUACAAACAAUGGGAACUAGCUGACAAUCUAGCAAGGGAGACAAACGGGCGGCAAGACUAACACGUUUUAUGUUCUUAUUCUUCUCUAUGUUUUCCAUUAUGUGAAUAGAUAUAUUCUCAAGCAAAACCCAAAAAGAUUUCAUACUGAAAAAGAAAACACUUUUCCUCGUAAAGGUCCUUUUGAGGGCAGAGUCAGAAAGGAGAGCCAACUCAAGAAGGACCUCUGCUCAGUUCCUAAGGCUCCCCGGGAACCAAAGGUGGCGCCGUCUCGUAUCGCACCGUCCGAUCCGAGACACCGGAAGUGGAGGCUCCGCGACAGACUCAAGCUGCGCGUUUCUCCUGCUGACCACCGCAGGAUUAGCGGCCGGCUAGAGACAAUCAUAGCUACCUUGGGGCAACCUCUGAGAGCACAGAACUGUCAGGCAUCACUGCAGUAGUUUCAAGUCCCACAGGCCUGUGCUGCCGGAAACGGAAAGCUUUGGGUGGCCUGGCGAUUGGACGCGGACCCGGAAGCCGGAAACUGUUUAGUUACACUCGCUAUGGCUGAGCCAGCCGCUCAUGCUGCGGAGUCCUUUGCUGGUUGCAGGGCGCGGGCAGCCCGUACAGUGCUGGAUCAGGUGGUGCUCCCGGGUGAGGAGCUGCUGCUGCCUGAGCAGGAGGACGGAGAAGGCCCAGGAGGUGCAGGGGAGCGACCGCUGCGCCUGAACGCCGGAGCGCGCCCGCGGGUGCGCGUGGUGUGUGGCCCGGGCUUGCGGCGUUGUGGCGACCGGCUGCUGGUCACCAAGUGCGGCCGCCUCCGUCACAAGGAGGCCGGCGGCGGCGGCGGCAGUGGCGUCUAUUGGGUGGACUCGCAGCAGAAGCGGUAUGUUCCAGUCAAAGGAGACCAUGUGAUUGGCAUAGUUACCGCUAAAUCUGGAGAUAUAUUCAAAGUUGAUGUUGGAGGGAGUGAGCCAGCUUCUUUAUCUUACUUGGCAUUUGAAGGUGCAACUAAAAGAAACAGACCAAAUGUUCAGAUUGGAGAUCUCAUCUAUGGCCAAUUUGUAGUUGCUAAUAAAGAUAUGGAACCAGAGAUGGUCUGUAUUGACAGCUGUGGACGAGCCAACGGAAUGGGUGUGAUUGGACAAGAUGGUCUGCUUUUUAAAGUGACUUUGGGCUUAGUUAGAAAGCUGCUAGCUCCAAACUGUGAAAUCCUACAAGAAGUGGGAAAACUCUACCCACUUGAGAUAGUAUUUGGAAUGAAUGGAAGAAUAUGGGUUAAAGCAAAAACCAUUCAGCAAACUUUGAUUUUGGCAAAUGUUUUAGAAGCUUGUGAACACAUGACAGCAGAUCAAAGAAAACAGAUCUUCUCCAGAUUGGCAGAAAGUUGAUCUAUGUGGAUCAGCUGAGCCAAGAGACUGUGGGUUUCUUGGGGGAAACGUUUCUCAGAUGGACUUUUCCCCAUUAAAUCUUCAAAAGACAAGAUGUGACUGUACAUAUUGUCUCAUUAGAGUGCUAAAUAAAAUAUUUUUAUAAAGUUUCUGGUUGCCACCCAUGUUCUUGUGGGUGAAAGAAAGCAGUGUAAAAAUAAUGAUGUAGUUUUCUGUUUUUUACAAUAAAGUUUACUAAUUUACUA